UGAAGCUGUUGAAAUACUGCUGGAGAAGCUAAUGGCUGCUAGCAACUUGGAAACGACGAUCGAAGCUGCCCAGCUACUGCCGAUACUAAAAGGACCCCCCUCCAACCAGUCCUUUUUUCAGAGGGCAUCCUGUGAAUAUUACCCUGAUCGGCCGACAGGCUGCCUUCUGGAAGUUGGUUUGGCUCCAAGAAAUUUUCCAGCUUUGCUUUGACAUCAAGGCAUUGUACCUAUUCUACUGCUCCACAACCUCCCUCCAACCAGUUUUUCAGAGGGCAUCCUGAGAACAAUAUCCUGAUCGGCCGACAGGCUGCCUUCUGGAGGUUGGUUUGGUUCCAAGAAAUUUUCCAGCUUUGCUUUGACAUCAAGGCAUUGUACCUAUUCUACUGCUCCAGGACCCCCCUCCAACCAGUCCUCUUUUCAGAGGGCAUCCUGAGAACAUUAUCCUGAUCGUCCGACAGGCUGCCUUCUGGAGGUUGGUUUGGCUCAAAGACACCCCCAGCAGGCUCUGCCCCACAUACCUACAACCACUUUCUGCUGUGGACAUAAGUGUUUUUGGCUUGCAAACACCAUGUCUAAUCCCCCGUAUAACCCAUAUGGGAACCAAAGAAGACCGACCGGGGGAGACUUUCAACAGGUGUCCUCUGUACUGGGGACUGCAUCCAGUCUCUGCUCUCCUGCUGGUCCAUUGCUGACUUCUGGCAAGACUUUUCCAUUGCCAGUGCCCAACUAUCGGCCAAUGGAAAGAGCCAGUUUUAAUGAAGAUCUGCAGUGGUCCGUCAACACACAUAUUGGCAGAGCCAGAGAAGAGGUGAGGCUUCAAGGUAAAGCAAUACACCAGCCAUCAGCUCAAGACACUCGCAGACAAGAGUUCAUCUCAGCGGUUGGAAGGACGAGCUCCUACCAAAACCUCAGCAGAAAUUCUGGCAACGAAAGCAACAACAGUGUCGGCUCCUUAAACUGUUUGUCCAGCUACAGCCGAGCCACAGCUGACAAAGCCACUGUUCAUUGUCCAUCGUCAACUCUUGCUGGCUACUCUGUGUUCAAUGUAUCCAGUGAGGGUCAACGAGACUUUCACUCUAUUCCAGGUUUAGAUAUUGACAGGCCAACCACGGCCCAAACUGGGGCCUCUUAUGAGCACACUAAGCCUAAAUAUACAUUCGAGUCAGCGACCAACAUUCUUUUGCAGUUCGGACUUGAAAAGGACGACUUGGAACAUCUUAUCGCCUACUCAGAAGACCAAAUCACCCCCGCCAACUUACCGUUCAUCCUGCGCCAAAUCCGCAUUCAGAAAAACAAAAAGGCCUCGGAUGCAGAUCGGCCCAAAGCAAUCCCUGAACCUGCGCUCACUGGUGGCUUAAGGGGUCUGACCAGUUGGGGUGGUUCAGGAAUGAUUGGGAUGGACCACGGGGAUGCAGCAUCUCCUCUUCUCCAGGCGAGUAAAGUCAUUGACUACGGUCAUUUACGCAAAUACACUUGCAGGAUUGGGGAGGAUGCUGCGAGUGUAGCUAAAGGAGCUGAGGAUGACAUUUUGUUGAUGAAUCACAAUUUAGAUAGAGGCACUCGCACUCAAGAGCCGGCACAGCAGGUUGGAAAAAGUGCUUGCCAGGACCAGGCAAGUGCGAGAUCAUCUUUGAGCUCCACACUGACUCCAAAAAGUAAUACUGCAGUGAUAGCAGCACAUAUCCAACCAAUGCAGACUCAAAAAUCCAUGUUCACUACUUUCUCUAAAGACAAUAACCUGCAAGAUAAUCCAUCUCUAGCCCCGAAAGCCAGGCCUCAUAUACAGGGGGUGGUUGACCUCAAGACUACUAUAAAACCACAACCGCUAUCCACUCAGUUUCGUGAAGUCCAUCCUAGCAAACCUGUUCUCUCUUCAGAUGCUGCCAGUUGCACCAGUGAGCAGCCUAAAAGUCAAGGUUUAGCUGGCACAAAGCAGGUGAAAGACCUUGAAACCGAGCAGCAACAGCAGAAGAAUAAUUUGGAGAAAACACAGCCAAUAAAAAAAGACGAUUUGGAGAAAGCACAGCCAACAAAAAAAGACAAUAAGCAGCAACCAGUGCUCCAUAAGCAGCAGGUUCUCAAAGACCAGGACAAGCAGAAAUUCACACAGCUACCCUUUCUGUUAAGAAAGCAGAUGUGUAUGUCAACUUCCAUGGCAAAGUCGCCACUUCUUUCCAUGCCGCCUGCGUUACACAUUCCUAGCCUCAGCAUGGCCACGCAGCCUGUGUUCCCCGCGGGUCAAAGCUCUGGCAGCAAACCUCACCCCCAGGCUUUCCCAGCGCAGACUGUGGUCUCAAAAGGCGGACCGACGACAUCGAUGGUGCAAGACUAUAGUGCGGUAACGCCCAGCGUGUUUCCACACACGUGUGUUCUGUGUUACAAAGAGUGCGCGCUCAUUGAGGAUUGGAUCGCUCACCAAAAUACAACCCUUCACCUUGAAAACUGCAAAGUCUUUCGAAAACAGUUUCCAAAUUGGGAUGGAGAUUUGCUUAGUGUGUCUGAAAAAGGGCAGAAGACGUCUACGUCCACAUCACAGUCUCACCAUAAGAAAAACCAGCGCAAGAGUCGCUCAUCUUCCUGUUCUCGCAGUCCUCGGCAUCGUCGCAGUUCAAACAACCGGAGAGACAAGAGGAGUGACUCGCGUUCGCCUUACAACUCCAGAUACAGUCGCAGGUCACGUUCACGCUCAAGAAGCUAUAAGAGGCACCAGUCUCUGCCUAGAAGUCAGGAACGGCACUCGUCUUCACCGAAGAAGAGGAGCAACAUACUGUCGUCUUCCCGUAGAAGCCGGGAUCAGUACUCAUCUCCGAGAAGCCGCGAGAGGCGGUCGUCGACGCCAACCCAGCGCAAUAAACGAUCGUCACCCAAAAGAUACCGUGAUAGGCGAUCCCCAUCGCACAGCCGGCGAAGCAAACGGUCGUCAUCUAAAAUUGGUCGUGAGAGGCGAUCUUCAUCGCAUAGCCAGCGCAAUAAACGCUCAUCACCCAAGAGAAGCCGCAAGAGGCGAUCCUCAUCGCAGAGCCAGGACAGCAACCACUCGUCCUCAUCAAGAAGUCGUGAGAGGCAAUCCUCGUCGCCGGGCCAACGCAAUAAACGCUCAUCAACCUAUAGAAGCCACGAGAGACGUUCUUUCCCCAGAAGGAGCCAUGAAGCUAACGCAGAGAGACUUGCCAAAAAACUUCUGGAAUCAUCAGCUGUCCAGUCUUUGUCAAAGCAGUCCGACAUGGAGGCUGUGGUUAAAACUCUUGCCCCGGCCUUGUUGGCUGAACUGGCCAAAAUGAAGUCACCCCUUUCCAAAGGAGGCACCUCCUCUUCACAGUCGACUGCUGCUGCAAAGAAAUCUGCUGCCUGCUCAGCAGCAGCGAAGAAAAAGGGCGCAAAAGCGACAGCCAGCAAACAAAAAGAUUCAUCUGCAAAGAAUAAGCCUGGUAAAACCUCUGCUUCAACUUUCGUGACGCUUGAAGGAAUUGUUCCGGAUCUUACUUAUGGUGAAAUGGUGGCCGCCACUGAGCAGUACGGGAAAAUCAAAUCACUUGAUCUCUUUCGCGCCAGACGGCAGGCAGUGGUUUGUUAUGAGAAAAGGGAGGAUGCAGAGAAAUUUCGGGACAUAAAAAACUUUGAACUGAAAGGAUUUCCAAUCACUGUAAUGGAAGGAAAGGGGACUGUCACUAAGAAGAAUCCUCAAAAAAAACCUGACGCUUCAAACAGUGCCUCUACCACUCAGACAUCUAAAUCUGCUAGCACCCCCUCUGCAAAACGUGCUGUACUUUCUGCAAAAAAGUUGGUUUCCAAAACAAAGAAUGUCUCAUGCAAGCAGGUCACCAAGACGGUGAUAGGAGCUAAGAAGAAAGGUCCAGUAAAAAAAAAGUUAAAAACUACCUUAACUGUUAAGUCAGCUCAAGGGUCAAAGGUCAUUAGAGAAGCACCCAAAUGUGAAACUCUAAAAAGUGUUGCAUCAGGAACUUCCCUUAAAGAAGGGGAGGAGCCAUUGAAAUGUAGAACUGCAGAAAAGCAACACGAUAUUAAGAUCUCGUCUGAGCUGAUUGCCACCAGAGAGAAAAACACACAACCAAAAGUGGUCGAUGCGACACUGGCAAGCGUGACAGAACCUCAAAGACACCAGACCAUUCAACCAGAAGUAGCCAAUGCGGGACCAGCAAGCGUGACAGAACAUCAAAGACACCAGACCACACAACCGGAAGUAGCCAAUGCUGGACCAGUAAGUAUUAUAGAAGCUCCAAGACAUCAGACCACACAACCGGAAGCAGCCAAUGUUGGACUAGCAAGCUUGACCAAACCUCUAAAAGACCAUACCACCACGGCCGAGACCGCAUUUACAGAAGCAGCUGAUGUUCGACCAACAAGGGUGAAAGAACCUCCAAAAGCGCCAUUUACACAACCAGAGAUGGCCAAUGUCGCACGAGCAAGCAUGACAGAACCUCCAAGAGACCACACCGCCAAGGCCAAGACCACACCACCAGAAGCAGGUGAUUUUGGAACGGCAAACUUGGCAUGUUCACCAGAGCAAGCAGGGGCUCCAAAAUCCGAGUUUCCAGAACCAAUGGUAGUGGACACUUUCACAAAGGCCGAACCCCAAUCUGACAAAAGUGUGAAAAACCAGCAAAGUACUGAGCCCCGAGUGGAAUCAGCAGUUCCACCGGCGACCCCCAAAGGGGAUUUAUUAAUGAUUCGGCAAGGUUUAGCUGAUGGGAACGCAAAGCUAAAACAAGCACGAGAUAAAAAACAAAAACAGAAGGAACAAGCAUCCAAGACUCCACCUAAGGCAGCAGUGGUGCAGGAUGUGAUGUCAUCACACAGCGCUGAGGCUGCAACCACACUCACCAUUGGAGAGAUGAUGGAACAACAUCUGCUUCAAAAAAGAAUCAUAUGCCUCAAAAAGAAAACCUGCUUGUCAGCAAGGUUUCAGUCACUCAACAAGAGGCAGCUGUUGAUCACGCACCUGCCCAUAUAUGACGGUUCCUACAGUGAGGAAGACAUCGCCCGGUUGUUGGAACCGUUUGGAUUUAAGUACUCAGACAAGAACAUCUCAAUCUAUCAAUCAAUCUACGUUAUUCCUCAAACGUGCAUGGCAUUUGUUCAGAUGGAGAAAGCAAAGGAUGUUCUGGCUGCUUACAUCGCUAGCAGGAACAAAACAUUUGCACUCAAAGGCUGUAGAAAGAAACUGCAACUGCAUGUGUUGGGUACAUAUGUCUCCAUGUGGCCGGCUCGUUUUUACCAAUCGCUGAUGACUAUAAUGAAUUAUCCUGUGAGUGACUUUAAGUCGAGAACUAUCUUCAUCAAGAACAUCUCUCCAAGUGAGACUAUCAGCCUCCGGGAAGAUUUAAGGAAGAUCGGCUUUGUCAAAAACUUCCUGCCUCUCCUUAAAAAGCUAUUUGUUGAGUUUGAGACUGAUUGUGAUGCUGAUCGCUUCGGAGUGUGGUGCUCUUUGCUGAAUCGGUGUCCUGCCUACGAGGUCCACAGGAUGUGGUGUCCUGAAAUAAAAUGCCCUGCUCCACUAACAAUGCUUCCUGAGAAAGCCAUGCCAGACAGCAGUUUAGCGGUUGCCAGGGCAACGCUUCCUACAUUAGACUUCAGUGUUCCGGAGGGAAGCUACUCUCCAUUCUUGCUGACCAUACCACAGAAACCCUACCUGUUCCCAACAACAUCUUGCUGGUUUAGUAUCCCAGAGUUUCUGACUAUCAAAGAAGAAGCUGACAUUUAUGAGGCCGAGCGUCGAGGUGUGACAGCUCCCACGAUCAUGUUGACAGGUUUUAAUGCAGACUAUAGUUACGAGCAAGUGGCCAAGCUGGUGUGGCCAUAUAUUUCCCAGAAGGACCUUCAGUCUCUGUACUACAAUGUGAUCGUGCUGCCAACCCAGAAGAGGAGCUUUGUGCAUUUCAGUGAUUGGAGCGCCUGCUGCCGAUUUCUCAACAGUCACUUGAAAACGAGAGUGUCGGACCAAACCAAAAACCUCUCUGUGCACUUUGUCCUGUCACCCAUGUGUCCAGAAAGCAGCGAGGAGAACUUGUACAAAAGUCUGAUGCAGCUGAGCAAUGCUCGCGUUGGACAAGUGGAGACGUUGGCCGAGCGCCUGCUUUGUGUGAAUGUCUCCAGGAGCAACCAGUACAUUGUUAAACAUGUAUUAGGUGUUGUCACAUCUCAUGCAGAAGUUGUCAACUUCCUGCCUCUGGAUAAUCGGAUAUGCAUCGAAAUGGCCGACACUACAGGCGUUAAGUGUAUGGAGGAGAAAUCCAAUGAUUUGUCAACAAAAUUGCGGUGUGAAGUUAAAGGUUUUGAGAGUGUAAAUACCUUGAAAAGGCGUCUGAUGGAUCACAGUGUGAUUACAUUGUGCCCUGAGACGGACAGGAAGAAAGUCAGCUUCCAGGCUGCUGUGUGCUCCACGGUUACUGCUGCUCCAUCAGCUGUCCCUGAAAGAACAACAAAAGUGGCACAACAACAAACUAAGGCUAAAGAUGACGUUGGUAAAACAGUGGCCAAGAAGAAAAAGAAAAUGACAGCAAAAGUGGAAGAUGGAGCACCGGGAGCCUCAGUGGGUCCUUAUGCUGCUCCCUCCUGUAGAAAAAGAGACAAGGCAGGGGUGGACUUUACUGAAGACCGCAUUCCUCCUUGGGCACUGUUUUGUGAACCUUUCAAAAUGGAUGAAUUUGUUACUGUGGAUGAAGUUGGGGAGGAAAAAGACCAAACAAGUUCUACUGAGUUCUCCUCCAACCUGACUUCUAAACAAACCAACACCAGAACCUCAAAAGAGUCAAUGAGUUCUGAAUGCCCCUUAUCCUCCACAAGAAGCUUAUCCAAAUGCAGUCCAUCUUCUCAUUCAAUGUCUCAAAAGUCAAAAAGCUCCUUCAAACCUGAAGAGUUAAAGGCUGAAUCUCAAAAAGAUAGAAUGAUAACUGUCGCAAUCAAGGAAAACUUUCAAGUGUUGGACAGCGUGAGUGAUGAAGAGAAACCUUCCUCAGAAGACCGCAGCCUCAAGGAGCUUAAUAUCUCUGGAGAUGGCGCUACUGAGGUCCAAGUAACUCCAGAGCAGCAUCCCAUCAGCCAGCUUGAAAAUGACACAAAACAAAUUUGCAAGGAAGAGGAGACUUCUCCACAAGUUGACACACCCAUAAAUGUAGAUGAAGCAAACAAAUAUAUUUUCAUGUCUCCUCUAAAAGACAAAGGAGACGAGCAGAAGACAAACAAAGAUGAUAAGAAGGUGAUAGCAGAAUCCUGUCAAACAAACAAAAACGACAAUGACAAACACCCUCGAGAUACCUCGGGAAGCCUGCUCUGUAAAGAAGACCCUAUGAGUUCACUAGAAGAAGAAGAGGCAGCAUACCAGGUGAUUGAUUCUGUGGAAGAGCAGCCAACUUCCACCAAGAAUAAAGUUGACAGUGAGCGUGGGGUGACUUCUUCAAUCAGAGCAUCCAAGAGAGAAGAACAUGAGUCUUCAAAAACGCAUCAGGCUGAGGUAAAGGACCCCACCACCUCCGAACCUCCUAAAGCUGAGCAGAAGUACCUGGUUGUUGAUUAUAUCCAAGUUCAACAGUCAAGCAGCAGAUUGACACCAGAUAGGAGGAGGAGCACCCGAGGGAAGAUCCAGGGUUCAACCAUAAAGGAUGAGGAGACCACUUUCCAUAUCUUAGACUCUGUUGACACUGAGAAAGUACAAGAAGAACCCAGCAUCACAACCAGAUCCAGCAGAGGAAAAAGAGGAAGGCCCCCAACAAAAGAUGCCCCUAGUGGGAAAAGAGGUCAUGAAGAAAUGACACCAACAAGGAAAAGGACGAGAACUUCACAGGAAACCACCAGAAAAGAAACACCAACCAAGAAAGUUAAACCUGUCCACAAAGACAAACAGAAGAGUCCCCCAGCUACAAGAGGAAGGGGAAGACCUAAGAAAUCAGUCGAAACCACUAAAAGUGAAGAUGACCGCUUAGACGCUGGUGAUGAAGAAGAAGCCACAUUCACGGUCCUGGACUGUUUGGAAGACGAGAUGCUCCAUGAUGAAGGUCCAGCCAAAGAUGGUGGUGAUGAUGAUGAGAAAGAGGGUAAAGAUAAGGCUGUGGGAACAUCACAACAUACUAAGUGCACUCGACCACACCACCAGCCAAGACAUUCGUUUCCUUCCUCUUCAGAAGAUAACACAACCUUGUUGACAGUGGAUAAGGUGGGAGAAGUUGACGACAAAGCAUCCCUGCCCAACUGGAGAGGCACACUGAUCUCUGGUGAGCAUCAUCAGGAUGUCUCCUUAGAAAAGAAGGAACAAGAUGCUUGUGAUGAAGAGAAAGCAGCCACAAUCCAGGUCCGGGAUUCAGUUGAGGAAGAGCCCCGAUCUGAUCACAAUAGUCCGAAGAAGGAUGUGACUGACCACCAACAUGAGGAGGAAGAGUCAAAUAAUAUCAUGGAAUCUUGGAAUGAAGAUCCAGCUGGAAAAAAACCUUUAGACGGUGAUGAUAAGGAGGACAAAGAUGAGGCCGAAGACACAUCCUGCCAUGCAAAACGCACUCGACAACACUACCAGACAAGACAACUUCUUUCUUCCCCUUCGAAAGACAACACAAACAUGGUGACGUUGGAUAUGGUGGGAGAGGUUGAUGAUGAAGAAGCGUAUCCGCCCAAAUUGAGAGGCAGAGCCAAAAAAAGUAGACUGACUUCUGGUGAGCAUCAUCAUUAUGCUUCUUUAAAACAGGAAGAAUGUACUGGUGAUGAAGAAGAAGCCACAUUACAGGUCCUGGAUUCUUUAGAGGAAGAGAUGCUCCAUGAUCACAAAAGUCCAAAGGAGGAAAUGCUUGACAAUCGACAUGAGAAGGAAGUUGUAGAUUGUAUGGAUGAAGAUCCAUCCAAGAAACAGCCUUUAAGUGGUGAUGAUGAUGAUGAUAAGAAAAGGGCCAAAGAUAAAGCUGAGGAAACAUCACAACAUGCUAAACGCACUCGACAAAAACGCCAGACAAGACCCCCUUUCUCUUCCUCUUCUGAAGACGAUACAAGCUUGAAAAAAUUUAAUAAGGUGGGAGAAGUUGAUGAAGAAGCAUCCCUGACCAACAGGAGAGGCAGACACAUAACAAGAAGCAGAAUGACUUCUGGUGAGCAUCAUCGUGAUGUGUCCUUAGAAAAAAAAGAACCAAAUGCUGGUGAGGACGAAGUGGCCUCAUUCCAGGUCCUGGAUUCUGUGGAGGAAGAGACGCUCCAUGAUCACAAUAGUCCAAAGUCCACUGACGACCCACUUGAGGAAGAGUCCAAUGCUAUGGAUUGUUUGAAUGAAGGUCCUGCUGAAGUAAAGCCUUUAGAUGGUGAUGAAAAGGAGAGUCAAUAUGAAGGUGUGGAAACAUCACAAUGUACUAAGCGCACUCGACAGGAACGCCAAAAAAACCCUAAAAACUUAGUGACUCAGGACAAGGUGGGAGAGGUCGAACGGGUAGAGCCUGAUGAAGUUGCCAACUGGAGAGGCAGAGCCAAGAAAAGGAGCAGACUGACCAUUGGUGAGCAUCAUCAUGUUGCUUCCUUAGAAAAAGAACAAAAUGCUUGCGAUGAAGAAGAGGCCACAUUCCAGGUCCUUGAUUCUGUGGAGGACGAGACGCUCCACGAUCACAAAAGUCCAAAGAAAGAUAUGACUGACAACCAACUUAAGAAGGAAACAACAGAUAUUAUGGAUUCUUUGAAUGAAGGUCCAGCCGAAGUAGAGCCUUCAGGUGGUGAUGAAAAGGACAUUCAAGAUGAAGAUGUGGAAACAUCACAAUGUACUAAGCGCACUCGUCUAGGACGCCAGAAAAAAAACCCAAGCUUAGUGACUCAGGACAAGGUGGGAGAGAUUGAACAGGCAGAGGCUGAAGAAGUGCCCGAAUGGAAAGUCAGAGCCAAAAAGAGAAGUGGACCGACCUCUGGUGAGCAUCAUCAAGAUACCUCCUUAGUAAAGAAAGAACAAAAUGCUGUCAUUGAAGAAGAGGCCACAUUCCAGGUCCUUGAUUCUGUAGAGGAUGAGACGCUUCAUGAUCUCAAUAGUCCAAAGGAGGUUAUGACUGACAACCAACUUGAAAAGUUAGAGACAAGUAAUAUGGAUUCUUUGAAUGAAGGUCCAGCUGAAGUAGAGCCUUUAGAUGGUAAUAAGAAGGGGAUUCAAGAUGAUUUGGAAACAUCACAAUCUACUAAGCACAUUCGACAAGGACGCCAGAAAAGACACACAAGCCUAGUGACAAAGGACAAGGUAAGCGAGGUUGCACAGGUGGAGCCUGAAGAAGUGCCCCCGCAUAACUGGAAAGGUAGAGCCAAAAAAACCAGACAGACUUCUUGUGAGCAUCAUCAUGAUGUCUCUUUAGAAAAGCAGGAACAAGAUGCUGGUAAUGAAGAAGAGGCCACAUUCCAGGUCCUUGAUUCUGUAGAGGAAGAGACGGUCCAUGAUCACAAUAGUCCAAAGGAGGAGGACAUAAAUGACAGCCGAUAUGAGGAAGGCACAUAUCAAGUUGUAGAUAGUUUUAGUGAAAAAGUGUGUAGUAGCAUUAAGGAAGAACCUAGUGAGGACAUCAUCUCUGUCAGCACAUGUGAAAAGCUCAAACUGGAAACUGACGUGAAAGCGAAAGACAAGCCCAAACUAAUGCACCCUAACAAAGACAGCAGCGUUUGGAAGCUCGACCAAGUGAGCGAGGAAGAGGAUAAUUUUUCUGACGACAUGGCCGAGGAGGAGGAGCUGAAGAGGCGAGCAAGGGAGCGAAAGCUUAACCCAGAUGUAGUAGAGGAGAUGACCCUGGGAACAGAGGAAAGGAAGCCAUGUGAAGGAAGUAAGGAUAAAGAAAAGCUGCUCACUUUGGAUGACAUUUCUGACAGGGAGCUACAAGCUCUGGUCACUCUGGAUGAGAUUGUAAUGGAGGAAGAAAAAAAGGUUCAACAGAAGACACACUCUCCCCGCCAACAUAGCGAGGAAGAUCAAUCAGAGGACUGUCUGAACAAUCAGACUUUGCUGACUUUAGACGGAGCAGGCGGCGAAGAUGAUGAUGACGACGAGGACGACGAGAAAAACACAGAUGCCAACACGGCCUUUGUGACGCUGGAUCAGGUGGGACGGGUUGAAGAGGCACAGUCGGAAGACAUGACCCCGCCCAGCUGGAAGAGACGCAGACAAAGUCCUGAGGGGAACACCAACAGAGGGAUAGAAGCAAUCAUAAAAGACCAUCCAGCUACCUCCUCGCCAAGCGUCCACCAGGACAAAGAGAGGGAGGAGGACUUAGCUUUAUCUUUUAGACAGACUACAAUUGGGAGCAAAGGGGAGGCGGACAUUAUUGCUACAGAAACAAAGCGAGCACGUUCUCAGUCUCCAUAUGUUUCAACAAACUUUAAACUGCCAGCGUUCAAACCCAACAACCCUCUCGGUACAGAGUUUGUGGUGCCCAAACAUGGUUAUUUCUGUGAACUUUGCUCCAUUUUCUACCUAAAAGAGAGCACAGCCAAAGAAAAGCACUGCAGCAGUAAGAGACACUACAACAACCUGAAGAAAUAUUAUCAGCGUGAACAGAAAUCGAGCGGAUCAACCCAAGGCUCCAUCUCUGACUGAGUUUCAAAAAAGGCCGCCAUUUUCUUGUCUUACUUAAUUUACAUAGUACAGUAUCACUUUACAUUUACUUUAGCGAGAGAUUUUUCAAGUCAUUAAAAAUUUACUCAAACAGAA